AAGAAAAAAAAGCGCGGGAAACGUUGAACGCGACGGGCGUCUUUUUUGGUUCAAAAGUUUUGUAAAUUUGUUUUAGCAUAUAAAUAGAUCAGUAUUGUAUAGUGUUCUUGUAAAUUUAUUGUUUUGUGUAUAUAUUUUAUGUAGAUAGUGUUUAAAUCUUGCUGUACUACCGGUGAGUCUAUUUAUUUAAUUACUUGGAGCCGCAAUGAACGACCCGCCCGAUCCGGGCGGUUCUCUGCCGCCCGAUGAAAUUUCCCUUGAUGCUAGUAAUGUUCCGCCGGCGGGUCAUUUCGUUACGGUUACAUCUAACCAUGGUUGGGAAUCCGAUAAUUCCACAUCGGGUUCAACAGCUUGCCCUCGCAAGCGUAGCCGUAAUAAGAAAAGUCGUAAACAUCAGGCUAAAAUUGAACGUAGACUUCUUGCUAAAAAUAUGACAGAAGAAUCUACUGAUAUGGAUCACCAAGAUGUUCCACAGACACAGCAAAAGGUCAUUGCACCUGCAACUAGUAUCUCUGACUUGCCUCCGUCCAACCCUACUCCAAUUGCUCGUAAUCUGUAUAAUGAAUCAGACAGUGCGCCCUACGUAGUCCAUGUUCAGAAGAUCGAAACUAGCCCAAAUGAAGGUCCGUCAAUGCACGCACUCUCAUUUGGGAAAUUCCUGAAACAGAAUUCCUUUCAAUGUAUAGUUAAUGGUAGUGUAAAGCAAAUUGGCCGGAACAAAAUUUCGAUUUCAUUCUCGAACUUCAACCAUGCGAACCUGUUUUUAACUCACAAUAGUUUAGUGACCAAAAACUACAAAGCCUUCAUUCCCUCCUUUAAUGUUACAAGGAUGGGCCUUGUGAGAAGUAUACCAGCGGAUUGGUCACCGGAGGAAAUAAUUGAAAACAUUACAGUACCAGAUGAUUGUGGUAAAAUUAUAAAAGUUAGGCGGCUGAAUUACAAAGUCUUUGUGGAUGGUGCUCCUAUUUGGAAACCAUCUCAAUCCAUUGUAUUAACUUUUGAUGGACAAGUAUUACCUAAGCGCAUAUUUAUGUGUUAUAAUGCCUUACCUGUAGAGCUUUACAUUUUUCCCACUAUCCAGUGUUAUAAUUGUUGCCGUUUUGGACACACAAAAGUUCAAUGUCGUUCCAAAGCAAGAUGCUUCAAGUGUAGCCAAGGUCAUGCUGGCGACACAUGCCAAACUGACGAAAUUAAAGCAUCAUGCUGUUUGUGUUCUGGGUUCCACUAUGCCACAAGUAAAUCCUGCCCUGAAUUUCUAAUAACUCCAUGUCAUAUGCAGAAGCCUCAAAAAUUCAUCCACCAGUAUCCAAGUCUUAUGCAGACAUAGUUACAGCAAAAUCGAAUUCCCAAAUAGUACAGGAUAAGUCUCCUAAUCUUGUUUCAUCCUACAAAAAAACGGUAUACAAAACUCCUCGUUCCACUCCCACAUUAGGCAAAAGCUAUGACCGUGAAGCACAUGAGGCUAUCAUUAGGGAAAACUUAAUUCCUUCCCCAUCUAAUGGUU